AUGAGAUAAAUAAAGGUUGAACCAAUCGAUUAAGAUUUUAUGAGUUUCACUGAAACCCCUACUCAAAUGAACUUGAAACUUGAGAGAAAUGAUUCAUUAUUUGGCGAAGACCAACAUUCAUUCUUUGAUGUGCAAGAUUUGAAUGAGUAAUCUGUAAUAAUAAAAAGAGAAUAUUAACUUGAGACAACUUGCAGAGAGAUUCUGCCAAAUAGAACUUAAAUGAAUUUAAUCGAAAAAGGCAUUCAGUGCCCUUAAUGUCAGAAAGGACUUCUAAAACUCAUCAAUAUCAAUUUCGAUGAAAAAAUGCUAAUUUGUGUUAAAAAGCAAUAAAAUCAAAGAAGAAAAAGAGAUAAAGAUGCAAAGAAAAGUAAUAACUAGGUUAUUGCUACAGUUUAGAAAUCAUAAAUUGACGAGAAGUAAGAAUUGAUCCGAUAAAAAGAGAAGUCCUUUCAGAAUAAGCACCUUUUACCUUCACAACAUGUAAGUACUACUCUCUCAUAAUAGUUGUAAUUAAGGACUACAGUCAACAUGACUGAAAUCUUCUCUUCAACAAGUUGUAAUGAUAGAUUAGGAUCCUUGUAAUAAGUUGAAAUCAGUGACUAUACCAAAUGCGGAGACAUCUUGAUCUCUGCAGCUGAUUCUUGCACGAACAAACUUAUUCAGGAUCCGCUUGCACAACUAGACAUCAACUCAAACAGAAGAGGUAGGGAUCAUUCCUAUAGAAUCAAAUCAUCUUAUCAAAAUGUAAUUUCGCAUUCAGAUACUUAUUGUCCAUUUUUACAGAUGCCAAAAAUACAAAACGUCUCCAAAAGGAAGCUAGAUGAAAAAGAAAAUGAGGAUUGCUUUUUUCCUCUGAAAUUUGAAGAGUAGUUUAAAUAAUUAAAUCUUGAUGACUUCAUAAUUAAUCAGAGCGAUAAUCUUGACUUGAAGCUAUCUUAACUCAUGAAGAAGAUUGAUAAUUGUAAGAGAAACAUGCCAAUAAAACAAGAUAGGCUGUAAACCUAGACAACUCUAGAUAUAAAUUCCUUAAGAGAUUAUGAAGAAGAUCUUUUCCUUUAGAGUGAAUAUGAGGAGCAGCAACUAAAUUAUUACUCUAAUAAAAGAAGUCACACAUAGAUGCAACAAAAUUUAAGCUUUAUGGAGAAACUGAAAUACAGCCCAUACUUGAGGAAAGAUAGGAAUAAGCGUUUUAAAAGUAGCGAAGAGAUCCAAUCUACAAGAAGUGGGGGCUAAAUAUCUAGCAUUCUAUGA